AUGGCUUACACGGAAAACAUCGCGAUAAGUGAUAAGCUCAUUUUUGGAGUCGAGAAGCCUGAUUUGUUAAUAAAGAACUUGGAAAUUGAGCCUGUUGAUCAGUCGUUCACUCAAUCAUCAACUACCAGCAACAGUACAUAUCACUCAUGUUUUCAUGAUAAUGUUCUCAAUUUACCCCCAGUUUUUCUUGUUUCUUUACUUGAAAAAAUGGGUCAUAUUUUUAAUUACUCGUCUUUGUGCAAGCAUGCUUAUGAAUAUGGGAUUAAUCCAUAUGGCGAAAAUUUAUUGAAAUCACUGCCUCUUGACCCAAAAGUUGCUCUUGAGCUCACCUCAACGGUACCUUGGAUAGAUUACUCUUUUGAAAGUUGUUAUUUGGAAGAUCCAAUUGUUGGAUAUGAUUUGCCGGGAGAACAACCAAAAAAAUGUCUGGUCACUUCUUUUAAAACAGGCAAACGACAAAUCGUGAUUGAUUUGGAAAAAUGUGGAAUUGAGCCAUCUGUUUUCGUUCAUUGCCCUCCAAGAGUGAUCAUUCAAGAAAAACAUGCACCAAGAACCGAUUGUGGAGCGAUUUAUAAACUGUCAGCACAACUACUCGAAGACACGGAAGAUCCCUCUUUUAUUGAAGCUUGUAAGCCACAAAUUGAGCGAGAGUAUCAAGAAAGCGCUGAUCAACCAUGGACUGUUGAAACUAUUCAACUACAAUGCAAAUCAACAACGAGACGUUUAGUGAUUGUUACAGAAGGACGGGACACAAAACUUUGGGCUGGGAAUUAUGGAAUUAAAUUUGCUGACCUAAUCGUUCGUCUCGAGUUCCCCAGUGGA